UACUUUAAAGUAAAGAUUUAAGUAACUUGUAAAUAAAUAUAUUAAUUUUCAAUUAAACAGUCCAUAUAAUAAGGAUCGUCUGUUAAAGUCAGCGCCUGAGGAAACACCUGGUAAACUGUUAACAUACAUAAGUGAAAAUGUUGGGAUUACAGCGCUUUACCGGGAGUAUUGUGACACAGCUCUGUCGCCGCGCCACUUACAGCAGCAAUAGCGCCAACGCACGUGCGGCAAGCGCCGCGCUUGCAACGGCAGCGAGUAAUAGUAAUGGUCAGGGAUCUGCUGCUGAUGAUGCCGAGCAGCGUGCGUCGGCAGCGACAGCGGCUUCUCCGUCGGCAGCGGAGGCAGCAAGGAAGCAAAAGAAUUCUGGGCAAAUGGUUGCAGCUGCCUUUGAAUCGCUGCGCAAUGAAAGCGAAUCGGGUGGCAAAUCCACAACAAACUCGGCCGUUAACAACAUAGAUGAGCGGAUUGUAAAUGCCAAAACCGUGAACGGCCUAUUGGCCAUCACAGAGAACAACAAUGGCUUUAACCGCAAACAUGCACUCAAGAUCGUCUCAAUACUCGCCGAAUGGAGCACCAUUAAUCGUGUAAAAAUCUCGGAAUUUGAAAACGAUUCGAGAUUUUUGAGAGUCUGUCGCAUGCUGGGACGGACAGCUCUUGCCAAGAAUGGUGUUGCCAAGAAUGGUAACACUGCAGGAGCAUCUGCAAAUGGCAACAACUCUUCCAAACGCAUUUCUGGCUUUCGCACCGAUGACUUGAAUACCGUUCUGGGCGUUGCAGGGGAUGACGAAGCGGCCAAGUUAAUAGCCAGCAUAAGUCUGCCCCAGAUGGUCAAGGUGAUGAGCACCUUGGCCCAACGUAAGCGUCGCAGCACUCCGCUUCUGCGCUCCCUCGCCUUUAACAUCAGCAGUGCCUCGGAUCAGCUGGAUCUGAAGCAGUCGGCGGAUGUCCUCUAUGCCAUGUCCAUGCUCAACUUUCAGGACUCCGUGCUCGGCGCCAAAGUUUGUGCGGAUGUCCAAGCGGCGCUGCCAAAGAAUUCUGAAAAAUCUGCAGUGGUGGGAUCUAUAUUGACCAGUCUGGGCAUUAUGCGAUAUCGCGAUUUGGAUAUAUUGGAAUCCCUGACGCAGUGGCUGUUGAAAAACAGUGAAAUCUGUCGACCUCAAGAUCUCAGCGCUUACUUCUUGACAGCAGCGCUGUUGAACUUCAAAAGUGCACAAUUGGAUGAAGUACGCAAGAAGCUGGCCAAGUCAAUAAUACGAGAGGAUUUCAAGAGGCAAUCGGACUGGCUGAAUUAUGUUUGGUCGCUAACGAUGCUGGGACUUGUGGAGAAUAGUCAGCUGGAGUCGGUUCUAAGCGCGGACUUCCUGUCUAAAUUGCAGAAUGAUAAAGCGGGUCUAACGCCGACAUUUAAAAUGAGGCUAUUAAAUCUAAACAGCUAUGCGCAACUUUGUGCCACGGACUACAAGGGCGUAAUCCUGCCAACGGAUAGUCCUGUCUACCAGGUGCCCAUGGCACACACCAAAUCCAAGCAGAUUCUUGUCAAUGGAGUGUUGGAUGCGCUUAAAAGCCUGCUACCGGCCAGUAAUCAUGUCCUCGGCUCGGUGGACAGCAAAAUGGGCUUCUUAAUUGAUGCUACCUGUCAAUUUGAUUCCCAAAGAAAUGCCCUUCCCCUGGAUAAGACGAGUCAAGAUGUAAUUAGAGUUGCCUUAAUGGUGGUGGAUUUCCAUGACAUUUGCCAUGGAACUCACCGCAGUGCGAGUGGCAUAACGAAUCUAACGUUUGAUUUACUGGAAAAGAGUGGCUACCAGAUAAUACCUGUGCCCUACAACGAAUUCAGCACCAGUGACAAAUUACUGAAGCGAGUUCAGUAUUUGGAGGCGAAGUUUAAAGACGUUGUUAGUAGGAAAUAACUUCAAGUAACCAGUUGAUUGUUUUGUGAAAAUUUGAAUUGUUUCAUUACUGUAAUUUAAUUAGGCGCUGAAUUAAAGAAAACUACUCAAGUAUAAAUUCAUAAAGUAAUAUAAAGAAUUGCUUGAAAUCCCAUAUAAAUGACAAAUUGGAUAUCAGGCUUAUUAAUUUAUUUAUACUGACAGAAAACAAUUCUGAAUUAAUAAACAAGAAAGGAAUGAUGUAAAUUUUAAAACAUUAAA